AUGAAGGUCUUUUCCAACGCCGUCACCUUCAACUACUCGUGGGACGAGGUCUCCUCGGCCAACUGGCAAAAAUACGGGCCGUGGAACAACAAGUCGGAGCACGUCAUCGCCGUCGACACGCUCUUGCGACGCGUCGACCCGGCCACGGGCAUCCUCCGCACGGAGCGCCUCAUCGCCUGCCGCCAGUCGGCCCCGGACUGGCUCAAGUCGCUCAUGGGCGCCAAGAUGGACGAGAGCUUCGUCUACGAGGCCAGCUACGUCGACCCGGCCACCAAGACGGUCACCAUGGUCAGCCAGAACCUGACGUGGAGCAACCUGGUCAGCGUCCAGGAGGAGGUCGUCUACCGCCCGCUCGGCGACCACCAGACGCAGUUUACGCAGACGGCCAACAUCACCGCUCUCUGUGGCGGCUGGCAGCGCAUCAAGAACUCCAUCGAGGACACGCUGGUCAACAGGUUCAAGGAGAAUGCCGCCAAGGGCCGCGAGGGCUUUGAGCGUGUCUUGGAGAUGAGCCGCAUCGUGUUUGCCGAGGAGCGCGAAAAGGCCCUGCGUGAGAAGAUUGCUCUGUGCGACAAGCUCGCUAUGUGA